GUUGACCAAUCAGAGAACGAAUAGCAUUAAAACCUUUAUGGCGGCGACCAAGCUGUACACAAGCACGUAAGGUCGUGUGCUUUUUCAAGGUUAGCAGGUAGAAUGCCGAUAAGUAUCUACUCCAAAGUGGGCUUUGCCGUAGCGGUCAGCGUGACGUUGCUCAGCAUUGCUGCGAGGUAUUUCCGGCGUAGGACGAGACCGAACCCCGCCCGUAGCCCCAGAGCUGCGGAGAAAGACUUUGCGGAGGCCGUGAGUCUCCAUGUCAGCACGAGUACACCACGGGCCAGGAGCCCUGCUAAUGUGGAGGGAGGCUCCUCCUCCCCGAUGGUGGGCAGCCACGUGCGGACCAUCAGUACGGCGUCUGUGUCCAGCAGCACGAGUAGACGACAUUCUCUCACGCGCUCCAGCCUGCACGGUUCUCUCACCUCCGUCCGCAGCGCGUGCUCGGAGCGGACCCUGCAGACGGACAACAUCGACAUGGCACCUGCACAGAUCUUCCAGACAGGUAUGCAGCACCUGGAACAUGCCAUUAACUGCUGGGAGGAGAUAGCCACCAUGAGAGCUGAGGAAAGAGUUUUGGAGUUGGAGAAAGGGGAGGGGGCAGCUGGGGCUGAGGGUGCUGAUGACAGUGAGUUGGUAGAACGGGUAGAGAGAUUACUCCAGAGAGCGUACAGACUACAGGAGGAUGGCCGCAAUAUUCUCCUGGACCAUUCCAUUUGCAGCCUGUCUCGAGACACGACCAUGACAGGUUUGGACGCCAUCUCUGAGCUGGACCAGCUGUACUUACAGGACUGGCGCAGAGACGAGACCUCCUCCACCGGAUCAUUUGUAUCUGCAGAAGAGUUGCAAGAGUUGCAGGAUGACUAUGAGGAUGAGCUGGCAUCAGGAGAGAAGACUCCUGUCGUCCCCAUCACCUUGGAGCUGUAUGAGGCGGCACGCGGCCUCCUGGAUAAUGAAGAAAUUCCCUGUCGGACCACAAGGACUAGAAUGUUGGACUGUCUUUCCGACAGAGAAUUUAUGGCAAAACUCCACUGUGUUAGACAAGCAUUCCAGUUGUUAUUUGAAGAUGAGACAGUGAGACAGUGGAUGAUAGAGACUGGGAAGGAAUUGAUAUCAGAACUUAUGUGGAGAGCUGAGAAGGAUCCUAAGGACUUUCAACAAGCGUUUGAAGACAUGUUGAGAUAUUGUGAAGACUCCAACAACUGGGAGAGUAUGGCUGAGGAGCUGAGGGCCAGGGGGGUGAUGUGUUUGUCUUUCUAUGAUGUAGUGCUAGACUUUAUCCUGUUGGACGCGUUUGACGACUUGGCCAAUCCGCCAUCUUCAGUGACGGCUGUGGUGCAGAACAGAUGGCUCUCUAACGGGUUCAAGGAGACGGCCCUGGCUACCGCUGUCUGGUCGGUGCUCAAGGCAAAACGCAGAAUGCUGCUGUACCCGGAUGGUUUUAUCGCACACUUCUACGCUAUCUCGGAGCACGUGAGUCCUGUCCUGGCCUGGGGGUUUCUGGGUACAGACGAGGAACUCAACCAACUCUGCUAUUUCUUCAAGGACCAGGUUCAAGGCUUCAUCACAGAUGUGUUUGACUUUGAGAAGACUCGUUAUUCCUCUGUGCAAGAAAUGGCGGAUGACAUCAUGUACCUGGCCAGACAGCGAAGAAGCCUCCUGCAGGAGAGACUGUCCAUAGUGUCCUCCUCCCCACACACACCAGAACAUGUAAACGGGGUGAUCAGUUCAGUCGAGGAAGAGGAGACGAUACAUGUGGAUACAACUCUUGAGACUGUAGAGUAGGACAUGAUCAAUAAGUGAACGUUAUCUCAAACGCAAGCACGUCGGCAGAACGUACUGCACUUGUGCGAAAACCGUUAUGUAUUGCGCAUAGCACUUUGGCAGAACGUCUCAUAUAAGGUCGUAUUCGGGUAUAUAAGGUUAACAUCCGUCAGUAGUUUCCAAAUGUUAU